AUGGCUGGCAAUAACGACAAGACUAACUCUGCGGAGGUGCGGGAGGACCGGGUGGUGACGAACUCGGUGGGUAACCCGAUCAACGAGCCGUUCGCGACGCAGCGGGUGGGGCAGCACGGGCCGCUGCUGCUGCAGGACUACAACCUGCUGGACCUGCUGGCGCACUUCAACCGGGAGCGGGUGCCGGAGCGCAACCCGCACGCGCACGGGUCCGGGGCGUUCGGGUACUUUGAGGUGACGGACGACAUCACGGACGUGUGCGGGUCGGCGAUGUUCGGAGAGGUGGGCAAGCGGACGCGGGCGCUGGUGCGGUUCUCGACGGUUGGCGGGGAGAAGGGCUCUGCGGACACGGUGCGGGACCCGCGGGGGUUUGCGGUGAAGUUCUACACGGAGGAGGGGAACCUGGACUGGGUGUACAACAACACGCCGGUGUUCUUCAUCCGGGACCCGUCGAAGUUCCCGCACUUCAUCCACACGCAGAAGCGCAACCCGCGGACGAACCUGAAGGACGCGAACAUGUUCUGGGACUUCCUGACGACGCCGGAGAACCAGGUGGCGAUCCACCAGGUGAUGAUCCUGUUCUCGGACCGGGGCAUCCCUGCGUCGUACCGGCACAUGAACGGGUACUCGGGGCACACGUACAAGUGGUCGAACAAGCAGGGCGACUGGCGCUACGUGCAGGUGCACAUUAAGACGGACCAGGGCAUCAAGAACCUGACCGCGGAGGAGGGCGCGAAGCUCGCGGGCGAGGACCCGGACUUCUGCCAGCAGGACCUGGUCCAGGCGCUGGAGCGCGGCGAGUACCCUUCGUGGACGGUGUACAUCCAGACGAUGACGGAGGAGCAGGCGCAGAAGCUGCCCUUCUCGGUGUUCGACCUGACGAAGGUGUGGCCGCACAAGGACUUUCCGCUGCGCCGCGUGGGCCGUCUCGUGCUCAACGAGGUGCCCACCAACUUCUUCGCGCAGAUCGAGCAGGCCGCGUUCUCGCCGGCGACGACCGUGCCGUACCAGGAGCCCAGCGCGGACCCCGUGCUGCAGGCGCGGCUCUUCUCCUACGCGGACGCGCACCGCUACCGCAUCGGGCCCAACUACCACCAGGUGCCGGUGAACUGCCCCUACGCCUCGAAGUUCUUCAACCCCGCGAUCCGCGACGGGCCCAUGAACGUCGACGGCAACCUCGGCAGCGAGCCCAACUACCUGGCCACCAACAACAAUUACCGCUUCCUCGGCGCCGACCGCCCGAUCCAGCAGCACCAGGAGACGUGGCAGGGCCCCGCCCAGCCCGUGCACUGGGCCACCACCGGCGACAUCGACUUCGCUCAGGCCACCGCGCUCUACCACGUGCUUGGCCGCACCCCCGGCCAGCAGCGCAACCUGGCCCACAACGUGGCCAUCCACGUCGCCAGCGCGGACCCGCCGAUCCAGGAGCGCGUCUUCCAGAUGUUCUCCCGUGUCGACAAGGGCCUCGGUGAGGCCAUCCGCUCUGAGGCCACCGCCCUCAGCCAGAAGAAGCCCAAGUUGUAA